UAAUGCAGGGGGCUGCUUGUUUGAUAUGGACACUUCUAAAUAAAGACUAUUUAGCCCCAAAUAACUGCAGAAAAUUCUCGUCAGCUUUUCAAAGAGAAUUGUGACAGCCAACACUGCUCUCCCUUAUUUGAGAACUACGUAACUGAAUAAGACUAACGCCUGGGAUCUUCAUGAAGAUAAACGGCUUGGAAAAUGAGAGCGUGACAUCUGUGCCUCUGUGUCGGAGGAGGGACUCAUCGCCACGGGUCUCUGCUGAGCCCAAUGAUGAAGUCCCGGCCAGGCGUCACGGUUCUACUGCUGCCCAUCGCCUUCUCCAUCAGCUUGGUUCCAGUGUGUAACGGAGCCGCAAUUGCUGUUUCGUGUGGAUCCAUCUACAAGAGUUUUGCUCAGUGUUUACUGACACUUGGAGACAGUUUGGUGGACAUGCAAAAAGACCAGGGUGUCCAGGAUAUAAGCACAAUCUGCAGGUCUUGGAAUGAGUUUCAUACUUGUGCCAACGUGGCCAUGUCAGGCUGUCCCAAAGAAGCAGCAGCAAUAUGGGAGUCCCUAAGACAAGAAUCGAGGAAGGCCCGGUUCUCCGGAAACCUCUAUGACUUGUGUGCCAGCCUCACCACCCUCGUACCCAGCACUGUGCCUGCUCCCCUUACUCCUCCCACCUCAGAUCAGACCAACCAAGAGACACUAAAGGGGAGAACAUAUCGAUGGAGUCCUUCUAUCACCACAAUCAUCCUUCCAACGUGUGGCGCUUUGUUAGUGCUGCUCAGGAUCUAGUUUCUUCAUUUCACAAUGAAAUCUAGAAAACAUUUUUGCUGAGAGACAUUAGUUUAGCUGCUUCUUUAACACACAGAGCGUACAGUACUGUCUAUUUUAUUGUAUAUUCCAACCUGAGACCACCCAGCAACAUCAAUUACCCGCAAGCCCUCUCUGCAUAUAGGUGACCAGAUCAGGAUAAUAAUAAUAAUACCAGCUUUAUUCUUUUAAGUCGCAAUGACAGUCAACAGUCGGAGAGAGUUGAUCCAAACACAUGAACGCGGAUCACAGGUCAGGAGCGUUUGUGAUUAGGUCUCAAUCCUAAAAUCAGGAUUUCUGAGAGCGAGUCAGAAAGACUCAUUGUGUCUUUGCCUACAGCUUUAAAAUGUAUUUUAGCACGAUCAGAUUAAAUACCACGCUCUCAGAAAGAAGACAAACUAAUUGACAUAUACUUUUGGUCAAGAUAAGUAAACGGAAAACAGAUGCCAGCUUUUGACAGAAGGUAUAAUGAAAACAAAGAGUACAUGAAUAUUUACUCAUUCACUGCCAUUGAUAGCAAUAUAUUGUACAUCAAAUCCAUUUGAAGAGGGGUAGCUUGCAUGGAGUGAUUUUGUUUCACUGCCAUUGACGGUGCUAGACGUCGAAUCUGUCUUGAGUAGGAGGGUCUGCCAGUCCCCCAGUCAAAUUCGAUUGGAUUUGACCCGGGCUGGCAGACCGUCCCAGUCAAGAUGGAUAUGACAUCUAGCGUCAUCAAUUGCAGCCGUUAGGUUAACACAGUCAUAUUUAGUCAAAACACUCACUUAAGUAAUUGACUAAUCUCAUUUUAAACGAGAUUAGCAGUUAUGGUUCCUUAAUUUUCUAAUUUUAAACAUGCAUAUUCUGGCUAUGUGGGCUGUUUUUUGCUCUCUACAGAUAUAAACUUUCAUUUGUUUUUCAGCUCUAUAUGAAAAAAAUACUUGUAUUCAACCACUCAAAAAAUGUUAUGGCCUAUCUCAGGUACCUUUUAUUUUAUUCUAAUUUUUUUUCAAUUAUUUAUUUUUUAAAUUUACUAUAAUUUUUUACAGUCUCAUUUAAAAAUGUAAACAAUAGCUCAAAAUUCAAUUUAUUCAAAAGAUUUCCCCUUCACUAACAUACUAGUAUUGUUCUUUAACACUGUGAAGAAAAAGUAUUUUUGGUAAUUAAAAAAAAAACUAAACACAUAAAGACCUGGCGUCCACAUUGGUGGACAUCACAUUUAAGGUCAUGUAUGCCACAAUUUCUAAAUUUAAUGUACAAGUGUGUCCUCCAUGACCAAAUAAGCGAUGUGCAUAAAUGUGGACGCCAAUUCUUACAAUAUUAUUAUUUUUCAACAAUUCAAAAAUUAAUCAAAGUUAAAUGAAUAAUAACUGAAAUGCACUCUAGUUCUGGCUCCCAAUAACACUAAAGGUAAAUUUAAAACAAAAAUCAUAGUAUUUAAUUCAUUGGCUUCCACUGACAACGAUAGACGUCCAAAUCCUUUACACUUAGAAGAUUGGCUAUGAACGCUCAUCUUGUAGUGCCAUAGAAUGAUUGCUGCCUUCCCUCCCAGUCAAAAAGGAUUGGACGUCUAUCACUGUGAAUGGCAGCCAAUGAGUUAAAUGAGUUCCCCUAUAAUGGGUUAUCAUUAAUAAUAUUCAAACACUACAAUUACAGUUCGUUUUAUUGCAUAAACUAAGAUUUAUUUGUGAAUUGUUCCUUCUUCAGUUAGUGAGCGGGACUAUAUCCGCACACGAGUGCGUGUGUGGGAUCCUAAUACUCUUAAAUGGUUUCAUAACAAUUGUGGCAUGAGUAUAUUAAUCUCUCCUGUCUUUAUUCCUUUGCUGUGUUGGUGCAACCACCGUGCACCUCCAAACUUUUGAGGUAGCGUUAUGAAAACCUUCGUAGUGGAAUGAGUGGAAUGGACGACAGAUCACGUGACAGCUCAAAGGUCAGAGGUCAGAUGUGAAUGCACUAUCACUGCAUCAUGAUAAAUAUGAAGAAGCAGUAGCAGCUAAUGUAUUAAAAUUGUAUUAAAGUCAAUUAUUCUUAUAGUGUUCUUUUAUAAGCUUGGCGAAAGUGUUAUCAUUGAGUGUAAUUAAAUGACGCUAGUGUUGACGUGGAACAAGACUGCUUGAUUAUUCAAGAUUUCUCUGUUUAAACAAUGUAAAGAACUUUUAUGACAUAAGGCAUAAUUUCAGUGUCCCAUUGGCAGGUCACCAAUGUACUACAGAAAGAGUCUCAUUAAUAUGGAGCCAUUAUGGAACAAUGCGAAAAGCGGCGACAAGACUGAAAAUGUUCAUGUAUUUCUCAUUAAACAGAAUCAAUCAGUCUUCCAGUAAUGAAUGCCCGUUGUUUACCUCUUGAGAACAUUGCGGUGUUCAUAUGAAUGUUAGAAAUAACAUUCUCGUGUGUUCUGAUGUUAUGGCAUUUUUGUAGAUUUAAAGACUUUCAAAGAGUUUAAACUUUUGUAGGAAAACCAGACAGCUUGGCAAAUAUAUAUACUUUUUUCAAAACAAACAAACAAACAAACAAACAAAAAAACCUACAACAUCUUCACAUAACUUUCAAUGACAUUGGAUUGGAAAUAAUCAUGUUUUACCAAUUAAAAAUGACUAACGAAUAAGUGCACUACCACAGGCGGCACAAUCGUUGCGUGAUUAGCAAGUCUGCCUUACAGUUCUUAUUUCAAGGGUUAAAUCGGGGCUCUGGCCAUCAUGUGUGGAAUUUGCAUGUUCUCCCUAUGCACGUGUGGGUUUACUACAGGUACUUCGGUAUCCUACAAACAUGCACGGUAGACUGAUUGGGUACUCCAAAUUUUCCAUACUGUAAUUGUAUGAAAGUAUGAAUGUUUUUUUUUUGUCUACAGUAUGUGCCCUGCAAUUGGCUGGCAAUCAGUUCAGGCUGAACCCUGCCUCAUGCCGAUAGUUAGCUGGGAUAAGCUCCAGCACCC